GGGUUUCUCUUAUAAAAUAUUUAUUAUUUAAUUUAUUUGGAAAAUUAAAAUAACAAAUAAUUAAUAAUAAUAUGGGGAUGUCUAAAAGUAUCAAAGUUAUUUUCUCUCUUGCUCUUAUAGUGUUCUUGGCUCUUGCAGCAACCAAGAUAGAUGCAAGAUACAUAGAUUAUCAUUCCCUUAGAGGUGGAGAUCACGGUUUCGGUUGUAGUAAAUUACACCCUAUCUUCUGCAAGAAGGAAGAAGCCAAUCCUUACACCAGAGGUUGCGAGCCUGGCCAACAUUGCCGUGACGAUCUAGGCGAAAAAAUCGUAAACCCUAAACCCUAAACUACUCUUGGUUAAUUUUUACAAAUCACAUCCCCAUAUUAAUAUCAGAUGAUUAAUUUCAUUUUGUUAUUUAUUUAUACUCUGUUAUUGGUUAGGUAACUGUUUGUUACCCUAUUAUUUAUGAUCAAUAAAAUAAUUAUAUUUAUGUUA